AUGCAACAAUAUAUCUUCUCUGUAAAAAUUUUGGAUACUCACCUUUCAGCAGCCACUGCAGCACAUACAUCACCUUCAGAUCGUACUUCUGACCCGACAGUUAUGCGAGAUAUAGUACUGUACUACUAUCAGCACCUGUAUACAACAGACUCUGUUUCCGAUGAUGAAAUUGAGGUUAAUAUGUCCCACGUAUACUUCAACCAUAGGGUCUAUCAAGAUGACAAUGAAGAGUCUUCCCAAACAGGUUUCAUGAGCGAACGCUUCAUUGACAACAAUAGGUUUGUACUCAAACUACAGGUCGAUCAAGCGAAAGUUCGUAGGCAUCCUGGAGUCAAUCUUCUUCUGGAUCAGGAGAAGGCCUAUGAUCGCCUCAAUCCCAAGUAUCUGGUUCAUGUGUUAGUAGAAUUUGGCUUUCAUGACAAAUUCAUUCAAUGUAUUCAUUAUCUCUUCUUUGGGAACUCGUUCCAAUCAAUAUCAAUGGGCUCUUCUCACCUAUCGUCAUUCAACAACAGGGAUUACGGCAAGAUGUGGUGGCAGCGAUUACCACGAAAAGCUUUGGUCUAUGCAAAUGACAUUUGUACACUACUGGCCAACGCCUUCGACUAUACACGUCUGCAAUAUCACUUAACCAAAUACUCGAUAGCCUCCAACGCCAAAGUUAAUCAAGAAAAGACGGAGGCUUUUGCUCUUAGUGACCGCCUGAGCGAGCCUUAG